AUGAACGAAAAACAGAGGUCUCCACAAAUCAAUCCGCUACUUCUACGCAUUAGAACUUCGAUAGCAUCAUUACGUUCAACCUCUUACGCAACAAAUUACAAUUUAUUACCACUUUCCACCCUUUCUCCUAGUAGUAUAUCACCAUUGCCACCGACAACCUUUCGUCAUGGAAGAGGUUCAAGAACAAUAUUAUUCCUUCCUAACUUUGUGAGAAGGAAAUGGGGAUAUAUCAGUUUUAUCUUGUUGGUUUUGUUCAUAGUGAUAAUUCGAUUACAAUUUGUAAAGCGUCAUAUUCCAUUUGAAGAAACGCCAGCUGUUACCGGACAUUCACAGCGACAACAAGCAAGGCCACCACCAACGACAUCUUCCACAUUCACAGAUAAUUAUCCAAAACAAUUAGCAAUUUUAAUCAUACCUUCAUCAACCACCUCAAUAGAUACAUUUAGUAAAAGUAUCAUAGAUACAUGGGGUAAAAUAGCCAAACAAAAUAAAUCAUUAAGUGUAGAUUUAUGGUUCGUUACUUCAGAAGACACGUUAAGGAAAUUUGGUUGGCCAAAUAUACCAUACGAUGAUGGGAAGACUAGUAGAGGAGUUGAAGACGAUGAUGUAAUAGAGGGGGUCAGGAUGAGCGGUAAUGAAAAGGAAACGGAAAUCGAAUUAAAAAACUUGUUGAGAGAAAUGGUGCAAGAAAACAUGCAGUUUGAAGAACCAACCGAAUUAAACGAUGAACAAGAGGAAUUUCAAAAAUUAACAAAGGCACUUCAUUAUUUAUACGAAAAUCAUUUAGAUCAUUAUAAUUAUAUGUUAAAAAUUACGGACAAGUCAUUCGUUAGAUUACCAAAAUUACUUGAAUCUUUAUCAACAUUAAAUCAUACUGAGAACAUUUUUUCAACCAUGAAACAACCUAAAUUAAUAGGAAGACCAAUUUUAAAUCAUGAGAAUACAAAAACUUUUUGUUCGAAAGGAUCAGGGUACAUAAUAAACAAACAUUUAUUAACGAUUGUAGGUCCACAUUUACCUUUUUGUUUGUCAACUGUAAAUAAAAAUAGACUCGAAGAGAAUCAUGAUUUACGAGAGGAUUUAGCUAUAGAAAGAUGUUUUAUGCGAUACGUUCCCAUGUUUAACGGGUGUGAAACAUUUUUUGAUAAUGAUUUGGGUCAGUUGCCCGGACAUGAAUUCUUAUAUUUAAAUCCUGAUGAUGUAAUUAAUUGGGAAAAGUAUAAAGAACCUUUAGAGGUGUUUAAUGACGAAUAUAUGAAUCGGUGGAGAUUUGCUGAUGCUAUCGUUAUUGGUGAAGUUAAAGAUCCUUCAAAUAUGAUAGCAUUAGAAGAAUGGUAUGGUAAAGGUGGUAAAUUUGAUGAGAUGGUUGAGGAAAUGGGUGGUGUGAUACCGGACCCGGAACCUAUACUUACACAAGAGGUGGAUCGUGUCGGGGAUAAUCAUAAGAGUAAUGACGUGAAUAAAGAGGGUGUGCAAAAUCAGGGACCUGAAGAACAAGUUGAAAAGGUGGAUGAUGUAGAAGAAAUUAUGACAAUAAUGACCGCAGCGCCAACGGAGACAUUAUCAAAUGAAAAUGUUACUUAUGAAACAACAUCUGAGCAAUCCUCGACCACCAUUAGUUAA